GCCGGCUAUCUCGUCGUAGAUGACUGCAAGAACGCGCGAGUGAGAAAAUGGAAGACCUCUACGCUCUGGACUUUGACGGCCUUCUCUGCGACAGCUGCGGCGAGAGCUCACUCUCCGCCGUCAAGGCUGCCAAGGUGAGGUGGCCGGGUUAUUUGACGGCGUGGAUUCGGCGACGGAGGACUGGAUUGUCGAUCAGAUGUACACAGUGCGGCCUGUGGUGGAAACUGGCUAUGAAAAUGUGCUACUUGUGAGGUUGUUGUUGGAGAUGAGAGUGCUUUCCAUUUGAAAGUCCUUGGUUGCAGAGGGACUUACUGUUGAAGGGAUAUCGGAGAACUGGUCAAUGCUAAAACCAGUCAUUAUGGAAGAAUGGGGUGAGAACAGGGAUGCCAUAGUUGAUCUUUUUGGAAAGGUCAGGGAUGAAUGGAUGGAUGCAGAUUUGGCAACUUGGAUAGGAGCAAAUAGAUUUUAUCCAGGAGUUCCUGAAGCACUGAAAUUUGCAAGCUCAAGGAUAUAUAUAGUCACUACAAAACAGGUGUGACUAGAUUUUUUUUUUUUUCUUUUUUUUUGCCUCAUUCCCUAAUAUCUUCAACCAAAAGAAAAAGGGAAAAGAAAUCUCUCCCAAUAAUCACAUGGAAAGGAUAACAUAAUGAGAGGUUUACAGAUCUGACUCUUCUCAUUUUAGUUGUUAUUAUUAGUGAAAUGCUUUUGUUCUUUACAUCUCGAUUACUCUCCUCUUUCUCUCUCCCAUUCAGAGCCGAUUUGCAGAUGCUUUAUUGCAAGAGCUAGCAGGAGUUUCAAUACCCCCUGAAAGGAUAUAUGGUUUGGGAACUGGCUUAGUAUAUUUUAUGGAACAAGGAAUGAUUAUUUUUCCUCUAGGUGUACCCACCAUGACAGAUUUUUUUUAUUUAUUAACAGACCCAAGGUGGAAGUGUUGAAGCAACUUCAAAAGAGACCAGAGCACCAGGGCCUGAGACUACACUUUGUAGAAGAUCGACUAGCAACCCUAAAGAAUGUCAUUAAAGAGCCAGAACUGGACGGAUGGAAUUUGUAUUUAGGGGACUGGGGUUACAACACUCAGAGAAAAAGAGAGAGGAAGCAGCAAGCAUUUCCAGGAUUCAUCUACUCCAGCUCGUUGACUUUAGCAAGAAGCUUAAAUAAUCAUUGCCUUCCCUCAUUUCGGUAUUGAUAUCCACAACAUCUUUUUUUAUUACUCACUUUUGAUUAAAGCAAGAACAUUUGUCUUGCCAGAUAAUGAGGAACCAAUAAUUGUGUAAUUGAAAG